AUGCUAGGAGUUUCUGGACCUCUGGCUACCUACAACAGCCUCACAGACAAACACUUGACAGGAUAUUUCAACAACACAAGGGUUCGGAGACAUCUCCAGCGAGCUGGAUUGGUCACAAAGAAUGGAAGGAUAGUGUCGGAGAAGGAAUAUCGUCUCAACGUAGUUCGAAAAGACCAUCAGAAGUAUGUGCGGGAGAGUUUGGCCCAGGCUAUAUUCCACAAGGUCCUUGAAAUGGAGCGGCACCACCAACUUGAAAUCAGGAAGAGGUUGGAGGAUUUUGCCAGGAGAGAACGUGUCCAAAGGAUAAAGGUUGAACGAGCCAGAAGGUUUGAUGAAGAUAUCGUCCCGUUCCUCUCCCCUCAUCCCCCAGUUUUUCCUCGCAAUUGUCACUGGAAUGUCUCGAGACCAGAUGUGGAACACUCCGAUUCCUCAGCAUCUCCUUCAUCACCACGGCCCAGCACAGCCCCAGGGAAACUACAGCGUCCGGUCAGGCUCCUCCCCCUUCAAACAAAUGGUGCAGCAGCAGCCACAGCAAUCACAACACAGUCCUCUCCGUACCUCCGGCACAAGGAGCAGCACCUGGACGUGACCGAGGACAUCAACUCCAAGCAUCUCCGUGCGCUGGACCGAGACUCUAUCAGGAAUUGGCACACCUUGGAUUUUCCCUCUGGGAUGUCUCCCUACCGUCUCCCAGUGAUCAAUAACUAUGUAACCCCCGUCCCACCAGCAGCCCGCAAACGAGAGAAGAAUGGAUGCUUGAGGGGCAGGAGACUGCGGCCGACCACUGCUCCCAACGGCCCAGCCCACCUGCCAGCAAAGGAGAUUCCAAAGUCACACCGAGCUGUCUCACACAGCAAUGUCUUGGUCACGAUGGUUUACCGUGGGAAACACUUACAUCUCUCGUAUGACCAGGCAGAGGCCAGGGAUGAGGUCAAGGUUCACCAACAGCACUGCGGCGGCGAAAACCUGUGCGUCUACAAAGGGAAGCUUCUCGAAGCAGAGAAAUUCCAGUUUGUGUCCCGCCGACACUUGGGUUUCCCCUUCAGCCUGACCUUCUUCCUGAACGGCAUCCAAGUGAACCGCCUGAGCUCCUGCUGCGAGUAUAAGCACCGCAAGGGCUCCCGGCUUGGCGGCAAGCAAGCCUACUUUGCUUUUGUGGAUUUGGACGGGGCAUCCCCAUGUUACAGGUGUAUUAUCGCCAUGGGUUUGGAUAAGAAACCCACACCACCUUCGAAAAGGGUGAAGGAAGAAGUGGUGAAGGAAGUGGAGAAAGAAAAGUGGGAGCUGACGGAAGACAGAGACAAGUUAACUGUAGUGAAUGCCAGUGGGGAGACCAGUCAGGAAGAAGCAAUGACGGCUGAAUCUUCAGUUGAAGAGGAGAGAAUGCAUGAAGGUCAAAGUUCACCAGCCAGGACCCAAGACGGAAGUUCCAAGGAGGAGUAUGAUGAUGAUUUUGAAGAGGAGGAAGAGAAAAUGAAUGACAAGUUGAGCGAGAGAAAGUCACUUGCAGACCUCAAGAAGGAGAGGUGGAGCUCAGAUGAUGAACACCAGAGUGAGAACUCAGAUGUUCAGGAUGAAGGAUCAGUGAGCAAGAAGGAACACAGCGACUCCUCGGAUAGUGAAAGCGAAGAGGAAUUGUCUCGAUCAGGAGGGUCGUCACAAAGUUCAUCUUAUUCCCCACGAAGCAGUGAAAUAUCUGGUGGUGAAAGACUGGAAGAGGAGAAGACUGAUGAUGAAGAGCAGGAAAGAUUGACCCUUUCUGAAGAUGAGGGGGAGCACAUGACUGCCAAAAAACUGGGAGCAGCUCCUGGAGAAUCCCAGCAGGAGAGCUUUGAGGUGAAAACUGUAAAUAACAUAGGGAGGGAGGAUGAAAAAGUCACAGGAGCAGAGGCCUUACUUGAGGGUCAAGUAGAUUCUGAGGAGAAAAUCAUGCAGUCUUCAGGGGGAGAGGAUCAAUCACUACAGAAAGCAGCCACAGGCUCUGAAGAAAAGGUUGGAACGGAUGAAGGAAUUGAAGCUAACAGGGAGACGAGUGCGAAUGCAGAGAGCAGCAAGGAAGGUGCAGAAACAGAUGAAGAACCUUUAGUAACUGUGGGAGUUCACGACAGACAUUCCAAAGACGUAGCGUUGAGAGGUAGUGAGGUGAGCGUGUGCACUGCGGAGCUCUCUGUGUCUGGGAGAUCUGUUGCCACUCUGUCCCUCGAUGUUACAGAGGAGCGCAAAUCUCUUCAGGAGAAAAUCGCAGAUGCCAUUAAAGAGGAGAGGUGUUGUAAUUCGGAGCCCGAACCCAGUGAUUCCAGCACUGAGGAGGAGGAUGAGACGGCAAGUGGAGAUGAUACAGAGAGAGCAUCCGUGCAGAGGCAGGAGAAUGAGAUCCCAUCAGCUGGAGUGAUCGCGUUUGGAGUAACGCAAUCUCUGGGAAUGAGAGCAGAGUAUCGGACAGAUCCAUUAACUCGGAAUCCCGGGGAGCCAAUCACAACACUGGAGGCGAAAAGGUUAACAGUAGGGUACAGGAAUCCAGACGUUGAAGAUUGCAAGGUGACAGGAGGAACAGUAGACAUCUCUAAGACCAAAGGCAUUGCCUUAACCCCAAUGAGAGAGGGUCCAGAAGAGACUGUGGUUUGUGAAGGGCCUCUGUCUCCUCCCAGGCAUACAGAAGAAGCAGCUUCUGAAAAUGGGGAAACACGUUGGGACUGGUCAAUACCAAAAGGGCGAGAAACAGAGGAAGGACAAGGAAGAUUCUAUGAAGAAAAGGGCAAAAAGAUCAAAAGUGAGAAAGUUUGGGAGGGAGAUGGAAGUCAAACCAGUGGAGCUGGAAGUGGAGAAGAUUCAAAAUCAGGGGACAGAGCAUUGGCUGCACACACAGACAGAGGAGUAAUCUGUGCAGAGCCUGAUCUUACAGAGCCUGGGAGAAACAGACAAGCAGCAAGCAAGGUGAAAGGUCAGUGUGCACCAGCGAUCAGGGAGCAGAGUGUUUCAGCAGUGAACACACUGUCUACAGCUCACCAGCUGAGACUGGGAGCAUCUGCUGUGGGGAAAAGCGACUGUGUAGUUUAUGAGAAAACUGAGCGACAUCAAUCAUCCAUCUCAAUGCUGAGCCCACUCAAUGUCAGAGGAAGAAGGAGGGUGGCACUGGGUGCCAAACAGGAAGGGAACCCAGAAUUGCUAAAGGACGAACAGGAGGAAGAUCUGAGUCAACCAAUACACUCUUCCAAUGAUUUGACAACUGGAAAUGAGGGCAUCAAGGAAGUGACCUCAUCUGUCGCAAUACUUGAGAAAUUGGAUAGUGGGAUGUCCAGAAACCUCCUGAUUCCAGGGCUUAGUGCCAGAGAACACGAGAUGACUGUGACAGAUCAAACGGACAUUCCCAGAACACCAUGGAAAUAUGUUCCAGAUGUGGUGAGUGAAUCCUCGCAAGGAGUGGGAUCCGAAGAGCAAAAGGACAUGGAUGUGAAAGCUCUGGAAUGGACAGAUCCAGAUGUUGGGAAUGUUCAGGAAGCAAAAGAUGAGGAAUUCCCUGAAGAGUCAGCAUACAAAAUCCUGGAACAAGAAUGUGGAUCACAAGGUGAGAGCUACAGAGAUCCUGAGGAAGAUUCUGACAUUGGAAUCUCAUUGUCGGAUGCUCCCAGGGCUAACGUUGAACCAGAAGAGAAUAUUCCAAUGGGAAAAGUAUUAGAGAUUCUUGAUGAUGAGAAAGAUCUACGAAUGGGUUUCUUACCAAUUGGAAGUGGUCAGGAAGUCAACAGAAGUAAUCUAGCCAUGGUGAUUGGUAAUCUGGAACUGAUCCCAUCUGAAGUCUAUGGUAGAGAGAACGUGGAAAAUGCUUUGGAAGGAAUAUUGGAAGAAAAGGAGAUUGGUGGAAAGAGUGAAGUCAAAGAAGUGGCAGUUUCUAAGUCAAGUUCCAAACCAUCAAGUGUGGAGAUGGGAGGAUGUGAUGGAGAAGUAAUACAGAUGGGAUCCUUGCUUAUUAAAUCAGCUGUACGGUGGACAGAUGCUGGUCUUGACCUUCUAUUGGAAACACCAUCAGGUGAACCUUUGGUCAGCUCAGAUCCUGUACCUGGAGCAAGCUCAGAAACACAAACAGGGGAGGCAACUGAGCUGGAUCCUGAAAGGAAGGAGGACUUGGCAGCUCCUGCAAGCGAGGUGAAGCUUCAUAAAGUGAGAGGAGUGGAGGCAAGUUCAGGAGGAGAUGUUGGGGAAGUGGAUUUGAGGCGACUGACUGCAGAGGAUGAACAAGGUGAAGAAAGCCAGGGGAAAGGGGCAAUUCAGAGACUGGUGCGGGCACAGGGCAACUUUGGCAAUUGCAGUGGUUCCCCCCCAUUGGUCAAUGAAGGAAAAGGUCAAGCAGCGUCAGGUCAGCAGAAAGGGGAGGAGCUGGGGAGUGCGGACGGUUUAGAAACUUUAGCUGAUGCUGAAACUUGGGGGUUCAUGGGAGAGCAGAGGUGUGUGAAAUUUCAGGGUGAAAUGUCAGAUUCAGAGGACAUGACAGUCCGACCACAACUUGUCGAAGGAGAGCAGGCAACUCGAGAAAUACAAGCAGCAAUGGGCAGGGCAGCGCAGAACACUGACAGACACAGACCCGAUUGGAUGCUAAAAGCAAAAGCUAGCCCCAAGGAGUCGAGGGAGUGUUUGGACGAAACUGGGGCUGCAAGGCAGCAAGUGGAAAAGGAGGUUGAGAAUGGAAUGGAAGCAGAGCACAUGGAGACUGAUUCAAGAGCAGCUGAAAAAGGAGCAGGAAUGAUGUUAGAGAGAGGUGAUGAGAGCUCAGUAAUACAAAGCAUGGGGGCUGUGGGACUAAAUCAGUUCAUGGAACCAAAAGAAAUGCAAGACGAGGAAACAGUGUCUGAAACACAGGAUAGCGAAACAGUGUCUGAAAUACUGGAUCAGGAACUAGCCCCUGAAAUGCAGGACAGGGAGACAGUGUCUGAAACACAGGACAGGGAGACAGUGUCUCAAACACAGGACCAGGAACCAGAACCUGAAACGCAGGACAGGGAGACACUGUCUGAAACACAGGACAGGGAAACAAUGUCUGAAACACAGGAUCAGGAACAAGAACCAGACUCACAGGACAGGGAGACAGUGUCUGAAACACAGGAUAGUGAAACAGUGUAUGAAACAUGUGACCAGGAACCAGAACCUGAAAUCCAGGACAGGGAGACAGUGUCUGAAACACAGGACAGGGAAACAGUGUCUGAAACACAGGAUCAGGAACGAGAACCUGAAAUGCAGGACAGAGACACAGUGUCUGAAACACAGGACAGGGAGACAGUGUCUCAAACACAGGAUAGUGAAACAGUGUCUGACACACAGGAUCAGGAACCAGCACCUGAAACACAGGAAAGGGAGACAGCAUCUGAAACACAGGAGAGGGAGACAGUGUCUGAAACACAGAAUCAGGAACCAGAACCUGAAAUGCAGGACAGGGAAACAGUGCCUGAAACACAGGAUAGCAAAACAGAAUCUGACACGCAGGAUCAGAAACCAGCACCUGAAACACAGGAUCAGGAACCAGAACCUGAAACACAGGACAGGGAGACAGUGUCUGAAACACAGGAUCAGGAACCAGAACCUGAAACGCAGGACAGGGAGACAGUGUCACCAACACAGGACAGGGAGACAGUGUCUGAAACACAGGAUAGUGAAACAGUGCCUCAAACACAGGACCAGGAACCAGAACCUGAAAUGCAGGACAGAGAGACAGUGGCUGAAACACAGGAGAGGGAGACAGUGUCUGAAACACAGAAUCAGGAACCAGAACCUGAAAUGCAGGACAGGGAAACAGUGCCUGAAACACAGGAUAGUGAAACAGUGUCUGAAACACAGGACAUGGGACCAGAACCUGAAAAGCAGGACAGGAAGACAGUGUCUGACACACAGGAUCAGGAACCAGCACCUGAAACACAGGACAGGGAAACAGUGUCUGAAACACAGGAUCAGGAACGAGAACCUGAGAUGCAGGACAGGGAAACAGUGUCUGAAACACAGGGUCAGGAACCAGCACCUGAAACACAGGACAGGAAGGUGGUAUCUGAAACACAUGACAGGGAAAUAGUGUCUGAAACACAAGAUCAUGGACCAGCACCUGAAACACAGGAUCAGGAACCAAAACCUGAAACGCAGGACAGGGAGACAGUGUCAGAAACACAGGAUCAGGAACCAGCACCUGAAACACAGGACAAGGAGACAGUGUCUGUAACAAAGGAUCAAGAACACACACCUGAUAUGCAGGACAGGGAAACAGUGGCUGAAACACAGGAUCAGGAACCAGGGCCUGAAACACUGGACAGGGAGACAGUGUCUGAAACACAGAAUCAGGAACCAGAACUUGAAACACAGGAUCAGGAAACACUGCCUGAAAUGCAGGGCAGGGAGACAGUGUCUGAAACACAGAAUCAGGAACCAGAACCUGAAACACAGGACAUGGAAACCAUGUCUGAAACACAGGACAGGGAGACAGUGUCUGAAACGCAGGAUCAGGAACCAGCACCUGAAACGCAGGAUCAGGAACCAGCACCUGAAACACAGGACAUGGAAACUAUGUCUGAAACGCAGGACAGAAAGACAGUGUCUGAAAUACAGAAUCAGGAAUCAGAACUUGAAACACAGGACAGGGAGACAGUGUCUCAAACACAGGACAGGGAGACAGUGUCUGAAACACAGGAUCAGGAACCAGCACCUGAAAUACAGGACAUGGAAACCAUGUCUGAAACACAGGACAGGGAGACAGUGUCUGAAAUGCAGGAUCAGGAACCAGCACCUGAUACACAGGACAUGGAAACUAUGUCUGAAACGCAGGACAGGGAGACAGUGUCUGAAACACAGAAUCAGGAACCAGAACUUGAAACACAGGACAGGGAAACAGUGUCUGAAACACAGGAUCAGGAACCAGUGCCUGAAAUGCAGGACAUGCAGAUAGUGUUUGAAACACAGAAUCAGGAACCAGAACUUGAAACACAGGGCAGGGAGACAGUGUCUGAAACACAGGCCAGGGAAAUUGUCUCAGGAGCACAAGAUAGGAAAAUACUGUGUGAAAAGCCCAACCAUGAGACUCUUUCUGAAAUACAGGACAGGGAAACAGUGUCUGAAACACAGUACCAGGAAACGAUUUCAAAAACACCAGAUGUGGAAAGAACGUCAGAACCAUUGGAGCAGGGAAAGGCAUCAGAAACUCACACCCAGAAAGGAGUGUCAGGGAUACAGGACCUACAAACACUGACAGAAACACAAGACCAGGUAACAAUGUUAGAAACACAAAACAAGGUAAUAGUGUCUAAAACACAGGACCAAGAAACAGUAUCUAAAACAGAAGGUAAGGAAACAUUGCCUGAAGUACAGGAUCAAGAAAAGGCAUCAGAAACACAAGACCAGGAAACAAAAUCUGAAAGACAAAGCAAGGAAAAACAGGACCAAGAAGGGGUAUCCGAAACACCAGACAAAGAAAUAGUGUCUGAAACACAGGACCAGGACACUGUGUCAAAAACAAACAUAAAGGAAACAUCAAAAACACAGGACCUAGAAACAAUCUCUGAAACACAGGACCAGAGUACAGCAUCAGAAACACUUGCCCAGGAAACUGUGUCAGGGAUGGAGGACGUAGAAGCAUUGUCAGAAACACAGAGCCAAGAAACACUGUCAGAGUCACAUGAAAAAAAAACAGUGGCUGAAACACAGGAUCAGGAAAUGGUGUUUGAAACACAGAACCAGGAAACAGUGGCUGAAACACAGGAUGUGGAAGCAAUGUCAGAAACACCAGACAAUGUAUCUAGAACACAAAGCAAGGAAACAGUAACCAACUUGCCAGAACAAGAAACACAAGGCACAAAAACGAUAUUGGAACUUGAAGAUCAAGAAACAGGCUCUGAAACACAUGAUCAAGAAAGAACGCCUGAAACACAGGACCAGAAAUCAGUGUCUGAAACACAGGACCAAGAAACAGUGUCUGAAACACCGGACCAGGAAAUAGUCUCUAAAACAUGGGAUCAAGAAAUAGUAUCAGAAACACAGGACCAGAAACAAGUGUCAGAAACAUCAGAUAAGGAAGCUAUAUCUGAAACACAGAACCAAGAAACAUUGUCAGAAACACAGGAAAGGGGAACAGUGUCUGAAACACAAGACCAAGAGACAGUGUCAAAACCAUCAGACAAGAAAACAGUCUCAGAAACACAAGACAAAAAUGCAGUGACUGAAGCACAGGACCAGGAAACAGUGUCUGAGGCACAGGACCAGGAAACAAUUUACGGACCACAUGACAUGAAAACAAUGUCAGAAAUGCAGGUCCAGAAAACAGCAUCAGAAACACAAAUCAAUGAAACAGUGCCAGAAACACCGAAGCUGGAAACAGUACUUGAAAAACAAGAGACAACACUGUCAGAACAGCAUGAUAAUAAAACACUGACAGAAACACAAAGCAGAGAAGCAGCAGCAGAAAUACAGGACGUGGAAACAAUAUCUAAAACACAGCACCAAGAAACAGCAUCAGAAACACCAGACCAGGAAACAGUGAUGGCACCACAGAUCACCAAAAUAAUGGCAAAACCACAAAUUAGGGAAAUAAUGUCAGAAACACCAAAGCUGAAAACCGUAUCCAAAAGAGAGAAAGCAACACAGUUAGAAACACAUGACAGGAAAUCAGCAGAAGAUACGCAGACUGCUGAAAACAUGUCUGAAACACAGGACUCAGAAACUGCAUCAGAAACACAGGUAACAGAUACAGCAUCAGAAGCACAGCAGCAGGAAGCAGGGUCCAAAAAACAGGACAAAGAAGUAGUGUCAGAAAUUCAAGCCAGGGAAACAAUAUCUGAAAUGCAGGACCAAGAGUCAGUGACAGGAACACAGGAUGAGGACAGUGUGUCAGAAAUAUAUGCCAAAGAAAUAGAGUCAGAAACAGGGCACCUGGAAGCAAUGAUAAAAAUACAGGUUGAGAAAAAUGUCAUUAGAUUACAAGACCCACAAAUAGUGUCAGAAAAACAGGUCAUUGAAGUUUUAUCUGAAAUACAGGACAUUGAUCCUGGUCGAGAAACACAGCACCAGGAUCCUAUGCAAGCAACACAGGACACAAAGGGCUUGGAGGAAAGACAAGCCAAACAUGCGAGUUCUGAAACAGAGAAGGUAGAAUCAGUGAGAGAAAUUCACAUCAAGGAUCUGGGGUUGGAAAUCUUGGAUCCGCAGCCUGAGCCAGAACCCGAAGACAGGCAGACAGAGUCAGAAACAACAGUCAUUAAAAUAUUGGGAGAAACACAGGACAGGGAGGGAGCAGUGGACACACAACACAUGCGGGUCGUUAUAGAAACACAGGACAGCAGGGCAAUGAUAGAAACACAGGAUGGGGAGAGGGUGAUGGAGACACAACACACGCAGGCUGUUAUAGAAACACAGGACAGCAGGGCAGUGAUAGAAACACAGGACAGGGAGGGAGCAGUGGACACACAACACAUGCAGGCUGUUAUAGAAACACAGGACAGCGGGGCAGUGAUAGAAACACAGGACGGGGAGGGGGUGAUGGAGACACAACACACGCAGGCUGUUAUAGAAACACAGGACAGCAGGGCAGUGAUAGAAACACAGGAUGGGGAGGGAGCAGUGGACACACAACACAUGCAGGCCGUUAUAGAAACACAGGACAGCAGGUCAGUGAUAGAAGCACAGGAUGGGGAGAGGGUGAUGGAGACACAACACACGCAGGCUGUUAUAGAAACACAGGACAGCAGGGCAGUGAUAGAAACACAGGGCGGGGAGGGGGUGAUGGAGACACAACACACGCAGGCUGUUAUAGAAACACAGGACAGCAGGGCAGUGAUAGAAACACAGGACAGGGAGGGAGCAGUGGACACACAACAUAUGCAGGCUGUUAUAGAAACACAGGACAGAGGGGCAGUGAUAGAAACACAGGACGGGGAGGGAGCAGUGGACACAGAACACGUGUGGGCUGUUAUGAAAACACAGAACAGCGGGGCAGUGAUAGAAACACAAGACGGGGAGGGGGUGAUGGAGACACAACACACGCAGGUUCUUAUAGAAACACAGGACAGUGGAGCAGUGAUAGAAACACAGGACAGGGAGGGAGCAGUGGACACAAAAAACAUGCGGGCUGUUAUAGAAACACAGAACAGCAAGGCAGUGAUAGAAACACAGGAUGGGGAGAGGGUGAUGGAGACACAACACAUGCAGGCUGUUAUAGAAACACAGGACAGCAGGGCAGUGAUAGAAACACAGGAUGGGGAGAGGGUGAUGGAGACACAACACAUGCAGGCUGUUAUAGAAACACAGGACAGCGGGGCAGCGAUAGAAACACAGGACGGGGAGAGGGUGAUGGAGACACAACACACGCAGGCUGUUGUAGAAACACAGGACAGCGGGGCAGUGCGAGAUAGAGAUGCAGAGGUGGAAACAGAAUAUAUGGAGAUGGUGGCAGAAUCACAGAAGAGGGCUAUGCUAAAAACCAAUGACAGGAAAACAGUAAUGGAAACAGGGAAGGAAUGUAUAGUAGAAACACAAAACAUGAAGGAAGUAGGAGAAACACAACACAAGAAGUCCAAGUUACAAACACAGGAUGGAGUGUCAGACAUAGAAACAGAGAAUAGCGAUGCAGUGGGAGAAAGACUGGACAAGGAGUUCACGGUACAAGCACAGGAUCAGAAAACAAUCACAGAAAUUCAGGAUUUGAAGGCGGUGGGAGAAACAGAAGACACGGAGACAGUGGAAAAAACACAGGACACUGAGGCAAUGAUAGAAACACAGGACACAGAGACAGUGGAAAAAACACAGGACAGGGAGACAAUGAUAGAAACACUGGACAGGGAGGCAGUGAUAGAAACACAGGACAAGGAGAUAGUGAUAGAAACACAGGACAGGGAGGCAGUGAUAGAAACACAGGACAAGGAGAUAGUGAUAGAAACACAGGACAGGGAGGCAGUGAUAAAAACACAGGACAGGGAGGCAGUGAUGGAAACACAGCACAAGAAGGCAGUGAUAGAAACACAGGACAAGAAGGCAGUGGAAAAAAUACAGGGCAGGGAGGCAGUGAUAGAAACACAGGACAGAGAGGCAGUGGAAAAAACACAGGGCAGGGAGGCAGUGAUAAAAACACAGGAUAGCAAGGCAGUGAUGGAAACACAGGACAGUGAGGCAGCGAUAGAAACACAGGACAGAAAGGCAGGGACAGAAACACAGGGCAGGGAGACAGUGACAGAAACACAAGACAGGAAGGAAGUGAUAAAAACACAGGACUGGAAGACAGUGAUAGAAACACUGGACAGGGAGUCAGUGACAGAAACACAGGACAUGGUGGCAGUGAUAAAAACACAGGACAGGGCGGCAGUGAUGGAAACACAGGACAGGGAGGCAGUGAUAGAAACACAGGGCAGCGAAGCAGUGAUAGAAACACAGGACAAGGAGGCAGUGAUAGAAACACAGGACAGGGAGGCAGUGGUAGAAACACAGGACAGGGAGGCAGUAGUAGAAACACAGGACAAGGAGGCAGUGAUAGAAUCACAGGACAAGGAGACAGUGAUAGAAACACAGAGCAGGGCGGCAGUGGUAGAAACACAGGACAAGGAGGCAGUGAUAGAAACACAGGACAGGGAGGCAAUGACAGAAACACAGGACAGGGAGGCAGUGAUAGAAACACAGGACUGGGAGGCAGUGAUAGAAACACAGAACUUGGAGGAAGUGACAGAAACACAGGACAGGGAGGCCGUGAUAGAAACACAGGACAGGGAAGCAGUGAUAGAAACACAGGACAGGGAGGCAGUGACAGAAACACAGGACAGGGAGGCAGUGGAGUGUGUCCAGAGUCAGGGUACAAACCAGGACACUGAGAGCCAGGAAGCAAUGAAAGAACUUCAAAGGCUCUUUCCUGUCAGAGGUUGGCAUUUGGAAAAAAGAAUUGGGAAGGCAGUGCGUGUAUAUUCCAGCUGUCAGAUGGAGAUCGGCUUGCCCAUUGCUACCCCACAGUCAGUAAGGCACUGGAGGAGCCAAUGCCGGAGCCUGGAUAGAGACACCACUUUCCCUAAGGCUUGGAGCUUCUCCAGCCUUCCUGAUGAAGCAGUGGGAAUGUUGGGAUCUGUAAGCAGAAAAGACAGCACUCUGGGAGCUGCUGGAGAGAGACCUCCCAGAUUAGUGUCACCCAGUGAGGGAGAUCAAAGAGAAACCUUCUCCAACCAUGGACUUGAUACAGAUUUGACAAAGCUGCUGCCGGAAGCCAGUGGAAACUCUGACACUCCACAUUUGAUUCAUGUGACUCCUGUCACCCAGCAGGGAGACAGCACUCUCACCUCAUUGGCCCAGCCAGAAACGGACGAGGGGCAGGUCUUCCAAGACCAGGGAACUACAGCCUAACCUGAGCCUCACCACAACAACAUCAAAGAUGGUUUUCCAGUGUUGUGGCUGAGUGAAGAAAAGCAUUAGGAUAACAGACUGUCUCUUGGAUCAUCUGAGCCAGACCAGUAGGAAGCAGAGCAGUACUCUCGCUCUGAUCGGUGUGAACUCUCUGAAACCUGAGUGAAUCUGUGACUUCUUAAACAGGAAGCUCAUCUCCCUUCAUGCACCAGCUUUGGAAGUGUGACCAUGGCGAGAAUUGACAAGAAAUUUCUUAUACCCCCCUCGUGUGGAAGUGCAAUAUUGGAACCUUGUCUCUUUACAUCUGUGCUUUAUUAUGUUCCAUAGAAGCGAAUACAUUUAUUUAUGGAGUUAAUAUAUCAAUAAAUAUUUUGACAUGAGUGAUGUUAAAUAUGAGACUUGACCACGCUGUAACCCAUCCACUCGGUCAGUCAGUCCAUGAGGAAUUCCUGUUGAUUUCAAUGCUGUCAGAGUGAGGCUGCUCCCUCGCUGUCUUUGCUGUAGUUUAUGCAAAAGACUAGCCAAUCUAUGCACAGCAAGAUCCCACAAGUUACAGAUUACAGCAGGUGGGAGGAGGACAUGGACAGGUGAAACAGGAAGGGGUGUGGCAAACAGAGUUUAUUCUGGAGAAGUGUGAGGUGAUGCACUUUGGGCUAGUCGGAAGGGCCUGGCGCUACCUAAUCGCAAAUCCUUGAAGGAUGCCGUUCAAAUUGAUGAGAAAGUUAAAGCCAAUGGGGCAAUUGGUAAUCAAGCCAUUUGAAUACAAAACAUGGAAUGAAAGGGAAAUAUAUGUUAGUGGGAUGGAUCACACUUUAGGAAGGAUGGCAUUGUCAUGGAGGAGAUUGACUGGAAUUGAAUCAGGGAUGAGGGACUUUGGUGAAUGAGGAGAGACUGGAGAAGUUGGGAUUGUUCCCCUUUGAGCAGGGAAGGUUCCGGGGGUUUCUGAAGGUUUUAGUUUGAGUAAAUAAGGAGCUUCCUCUGGUGAGUCAAUAAUUAGCAGAAACACAAUCAGCUGCUUCAUCAAUGACCUUCCCUUCACCAUCAGGUCUGAAGUGGGCAUGUUCGCUGAUAGAACAGAGAACUAUACAGCGCAGAACAGGCCCUUCGGCCCUCGAUGUUGCACCGACCUGUGAACUAAUCUAAGCCCAUCCCCCUACACUAUCCCAAAAUCAUCCAUGUGCUUAUAUCUCCCUAAUGUGCCUGAGUUGACUACAUGGGCAUUCCACGCCCUUACCACUCUCUGAGUAAAGAACCUGCCUCUGACAUCUGUCUUAACUCUAUCACCCCUC